CAACACACAAAACAGCAAAAUCUUACUCUGAUUCAACCAAGACAUGAAGACUUCAAUUGUUUUCUUCAUUUUCUGCAUUUUUCUCAUGUUCGCCGACUUCAGCCAUGCGAGAGAGGAACCAAGGGACUACUGGAAAAAUGUAAUGAAGGACCAACCGAUGCCUGAAGCAAUCAAAGGCCUUUUGCAUCAAGAUCAAGCUUCAGCUAUGGGUUCCGGGAAGAAAAUGAACAAUUUUGUCAAGGAUUUCGAUAGCAGACAUAGCCUUAUAAUAUACCACAGUAAUCUCAAGCACAAAGAUGAAGAUAUGCCUUAUGUCAAGGACUUGAAGGAUCAGAGACCUUGAAUUAAUGGAAGUUUCUUCUCAUA